CCCCUCCCUCUUCUGUCUCUCCCACCCAUCUCUCUCUUCCUCUCCGAGUCUUCGUUCUGGUGAUCUCAAGUGCUGUAGUUUCAUGCUGGCUCUUGUCUGCUUCUUUCUGCAGUUGAUUUCGAUACUUGAAGCCACUUUCUUUAUCACUGGAGAUUAGAAUUUUCUCCGACAAUUUUACCAUUGAUGGAAGAUGGCAUAUCUAUAUAUCUCUUCUGCUCUUCUCCUGAAAGCUUUGGGAUCAUGUGUCGAAGCCGCCAAUGUCAGUAUGCAGUUGCUCUCUUCUUCGUGUGAAAUGUUACGUGCUACUUAACGAGAUUGGCGAUCAGCUAAGUUUUCUUGUUUGUGGUAAAUGGUUAUUCCAUUGUUGAUGGAGCGUCUCCUCUGUUCUUAGCUUCUUCUGUGCCGCCGCUUAGAAACACCGGUGUCUGGACACUGUAAUACCACGGAGAUGAGCGCAGGGAGUUCAUAAAAAGCUGGCUUUUUUGGAUGCAUAGCCUCAGAGUGGGGCAAAGUGCCAGAGCAAACAAAAAAGAUAGCUUUUUUGGCGUCAAUGGCGGAUCCUCCGAACUCUUCUGAGCCGGAAAGUAGCGCCAAUUCCAUGUCUUCCCUCUCCUCGACGUCCUCCUCUUCCUCCCCUUCUAUUUCGGAAGCUCUUAAAGACCGAAUAAAGCAGACUGCGGCAGCAUCGAGGAAGGGGGCCGGUGGUGCCGGCGGCGCCGCCAUCGAGAAGCGGCCGCGGGACCGGAGCAAGCACCCGGUCUACCGCGGCGUCCGGAUGCGGAACUGGGGAAAGUGGGUGUCGGAGAUCCGGGAGCCGCGCAAGAAGUCGCGCAUCUGGCUGGGGACGUUCCCGACGCCGGAGAUGGCGGCGCGUGCCCACGACGUGGCGGCGCUCAGCAUCAAGGGCGCCGCCGCGGUGCUCAACUUCCCGGAGCUCGCCAGUGCCCUCCCCCGCCCCGCCACCCUCUCUCCCCGCGACGUGCAAGCGGCCGCCGCCAAGGCCGCCGCGAUGGACCCCGGCGCUCGGUCCGAGAACCCGGCGUCGACCCCGGCCGACUCCGACGAGCUCGGGGAGAUCGUCGAGCUGCCGCGGCUGGACGACGGUUGCUGCUUCCUCGACUCGGCCGAUUCCGGGGGCGAGUUCCUGUACGAAGACCCGGUCGACGCGUGGGCGUUCCCGCUGUCGUGGGUGGAGAACGCAGAUCCUCUGUGGGCCGCGUCGGACACUGUUGUUCCCACCACCAUCUUCGAGGCUCUUCCAUGGGACUAAGCAUCAAGCUUAAUGAAGUCUUCGUCUUCUUCUUCGUCCUCUAAUGCUUACUGAUCUCUCUGCUUUCUCGUGCCCAUUAAUUUUCAUCAGGGCUUGAUGGCUCUUCUUCUGUAUCAUGGCUGUCUUUCCUCUCUCUCUCUCUCUCUCUCUCUCUCCACAUAUAUUCUUCUUUUAUUGUCCGCCAUUAAUGUUAGCAAAUUCCAGCCAAUGUUGUCUGGAAUUCUGGGAGAAGUGUUGGAGAAGAAGGGGAUGAAGCAUUCCAUUUGCGUGAAUAUAGUAACUCUGUGCUGUUUGUGUUUGUGACCA